CGCCCCGACAACCCGAGCGUGACGACCGAAUGACGCGACUUGCACGUCCACUGCGGGACACGUGCUUGUGCCUGAGCUGAGCUGACCGGGUCUGUUUUUCAGAGGUCGACCGCGCCAUCGACAACCUCGUGAAGAGCGGGAAGAUGUUCGGAAUUCCUGGGGCCCGUCGUGAGUCCCUACCUUUUCCCGGCCCCGCCAGACUGUACCCAGCUUUCGACGGACGCCCGCCCGCAGGUCCCGGUCCCCGCCCCCACUCGAUGGCCGACUUUGGUGACGCGCGCGGCCCGCACCCGUCCUCCAACUUGCAGAACUUCUACGCCUCUCAGCGGCACCAGUCCUCGCGCGGCUCGAGCGAGGCGGAACAGAUGAUGCAGGCCAAGAGGAGAAUGGCCGCUCAGCGGGAGCGAGAGCUUCGGAACUACCAUCAAGAGCAGCAAUACAACCGAACCGUCCUCGCCGAGAUGUCUUACGGCGCCAAUAAGCCCGAUCGCACCAUAAGCCCCGGCGGCAUGUCCGAAGAGGAUCGCCGGAAGCUCAUCGCCCAGCAGCGUAGUGCCCUGUAUGGCGAGGGUCCGUUUGGCGAAGCCGGCGGUUACGUCGACGAGACCGGUGCUCCGCGACCUGGCCUGCGCGGCCACUCGCCGCUGGCGUACGAAUACGGCCGUGCCCCGCCCGUCCAUCCGGAUGCCGGUCCGCAACCCUCCGCCGAAGCCGGCCCGGGAUCCCAGUCCGCCGGACCCAACGAGCCGUCGCGCGCCAACAGCACCUCCAGCCCGCAGUCCAAUUCCGCCGGCGGCAAAGGCAUGUUCGACUCGCCCGCAGCAGUGGCCCAGCAGUCGAGCCGCACCAGCGCCUCGUCGCCGGGCGGCUCGCCGCCGCGGCACCAGGGCGCCCCGGGCAGCAACACCAGCACCAGCAAGCCCGCGCAGAGCUCCGUCGCGCCCAUCGGCACGCGUCCGUCCGUCUCUAGCGGGCCCGCGAACGCCGCCCUGAACAAGCGCUCCACCACCCCGCUGCCGUCGCCGUUGAGCCAAGGCUACACCGCGUCGGGCAGCAACGCGGAGGGCGCCGGCGCCCCGACCAGCGGCGCACCCGCCGCCAACCCGUCGUCGGCCCCUGCGGAGGGCCCCAGCGUCGGCCUCUCGGGCUGGGGCGCCCGUCCCAACGGCUGGGGCAGCAAGUCUGGCCUUGGCGUUCAGGCGAGCGUUUGGGGCUAACGGUAUUUCUCACCUCGACUGCUUUUGCUUUG